CCCCCCCACACACACACUCUUCUAGGUUUCGUUUCUCCCUGCAGCGGCUCUGAGCUCUCGUCAUGGCCGCGGUGGAGCAGAGUGACUUGUCUCUCAUGAGUCUGGAGGAUGAGCUGACCUGCAGCAUCUGCCUCAGCCCCUUUGACUGUCCGGUGACCAUCCCCUGCGGACACAACUUCUGCCAGGGCUGCCUGCUCACCACCUGGACGGAGCCCUACAGAUGUCCCCAGUGUCGGACCCUCUUCCACACCAAACCCGAGCUGAAGAAAAACACGGUCCUCAGCACCGUGGUGGAGACCUUAAACCUGAGGUUGGUCCGGAGCGCGUCGAGCCUGUCAGCAGAGGAGAAAGAGACCAAGGAAGAGACCAUGGAAGAGAUCAAGGAAGAUGCUGUCAUACGCUGUGACACCUGUAUGGAAGCAGAGGCGGCCAACACCUGCCUCACCUGCAUGGUCUCUUUCUGCGAGGAGCACCUGCGUCCUCACCGGGAGAACCCGGUGUUCCGUCUCCACCAGCUGAUCGAGCCAGUUGGGGACCUGUUGGAUCGCUUGUGCCCGGACCACCACAAGCUGAUGGAUCUCUUCUGCAGCCAGCAUGUCCGCCCCAUCUGCAGCCUCUGUCUCCAGCAGGACCACAAAGGCUGCUCCUUCACUUCUCACGAGGACCAGAGGAAGCUCAAAGAGUCUGAACUCGAGGGCAAGUUGGGUUUGCUGGACGGGAAGAUUAAGACGACUGAGACGGUAAUGUCUCAAAUGAACGACCACCACAGCAAGCUGGAGAAUGCUGCAGCCCAAAAAAAGAAGGCAUUGGCAACUGUGUAUCAGCAGAUGCGGGAAGAGUUGGUCCAAGAGGAAUGCAAGGCCCUAAAUGAGGUGGACAGCGAGCUGGAGAUUGGUCAGACGAAACUUCAGGAUUUCACGAAGAAGUUAACUGACAACGCUGCAAAGAUGAGAAAAGCCCAGGAAACUUUGAGCUGUCAGCUAAGUCUCUCCCAAACCAUGGGCUUUCUGAAGGCUUCAUUUAACUUGCCAAAGGCUGUGAAGUCUGAGCCUCAGGUGCCUCGAAUCAGCCUGGACUCCAGGAAGGUGACUUUAACUCAGACCUUCGCUGGAGCAUUGAAGGUGCAUCUGACCGAGAUCCUCAAACUGCCUGUUGAGGCCAGACUACCAAUAAUAAAACCAGGUGAAAAAGCAGCUAUUGUCUCAAGAGCUGGAUCCCCCCAGAAUCUGAUAUCUUCAUCGCUGAACUCUAUUCUACCCGAGCCUCCCAGGCCCUUCCAUCCACUUCCUGUACCUAGGAUUUAUAUGGGCGCCCACACAGGCUGGAGCUCACCCCAGUAUGCACAUAAUGUGUCACCAGGCCUUAACUGGGCUCCGCCAAUCAAUCAACCACAAAAUACAAGACGAACCAGAAAACCUCGAAGCGGGAUGGGAAAAGGGAUUCAAGCUCGAUCGAUGGAAAACCUGUUGGAUUUGGGAUUUUCGGCUGCACCUCAACUCAGUCCGAAACCAGGCAAACAUUAACCCAGAGCUGCAGGUGGAAACAAGCAAGACUUGAUCUGAUAUUACCCAAGAAAGAUGAUCCCAACAGCAGUCCUCCUUCUGAGAAAUCAACUGGACGCCAUGGACGGUCAAACACUAACAACUAUAUGCAGCAGCAGAUGUAUUUGCUUCUGCACUCCUAGUACUCACAUCUCACUACUUACCCUCUCUGUAGCAUAGAAAUGUGGAAAUUAUCACUGAUUAAGACAACAGGGAAUGAUACUGAUGUGUUGCUUAAACAAAGUGUACUAUUAGCUUUACUUAUAAAUAAUGGAUAUAAAUGAUUUUUCUGUGAAAAGAUGGCAUAUUUAAUGUAUGAAUGAUUGAUAUAGUGUGGUUGUUUUGGCAGUUGAACUCAAUGUCAAAUAUUCAGCUCUUUUGAUCCAAGUGUUUCUUACAUUGGCAAACUAGAAUGGCACACAGUAAUGCAUACCUGCACCAAGGCCCGACAUUUCCCAAGCUGCACCAAAUUUCACACACUCGCACUACAAAUCAGCUUCCUAAAUAUAUAAAAUAUUUUCCCUUCAAGAUGCAUGAAUCAUUUCCUGGAAAUGCAUCUAGUAGAAUGAAAACAUAAUAUCAUUGUCAGAGGUUGAUUAACAUAUUCUACUACAAUGUGAUGGUUUUGAAUCCGAUUUAAUGAAAACACAGACACACAUGGCUUAUAUAUGAAAAUAUUUAAGAGAAUGUCUUCAAACUCAAAAGACUGCUUCAUUACAUUCAGUUCAAAAUCUGUGAUUUAGCAAAUUCAGUAAACCCUCUUAUACCAUCUUUGUAAACAUCUAUGAUUGACACAAUUUUUACCAAUAAAAUCUUCUCAUUUGCCAGAAA